AACAUCGAGAGGCGUCAUAAUGAGAGGCGUGUCGUCGUGGUGGCUGGUGGUGACGGAGUGUGGCGACGUUUCUUAUUUGUAUAAAUUCUUUUUUAUGUAUGUAUGUUUUAAAUAGGCGAUGUCACGUGAUUUUCACUUUUUAAACAAGCUUUAGGUGUUAUAAUACUGUUAUCUGAGUAAACGUACGAUGUUUGUACUUUGUUGACCGUCGUGAAGCUGUAGUUGUGCUGCUAUCUUAUAUGAUACUUUAUCUGCGUCCAAAAUGCGUUUCAAUGAAAAAGAGCUGGUUUCCUUGAGUCGCCAACCGUCUGAAAUGGCAGCUGAGUUGGGAAUGCGAGGACCAAAGAAAGGAGACGUUUUAAAAAAGAGGCUGGUGAAACUUGUGGUUAAUUUUCUCUUCUACUUUCGGACGGAUGAGGAAGAGCCAAUAGGAGCGUUACUUUUGGAACAAUGCAGAGUGGAGAGGGAGGACAGUUUGACCUUCACUAUCAUUUUUCUUGAUGAAGCAGAGAGAAAGUAUCAAUUUGAAUGUGAUUCGGAGGAGCAAUGUGGAGAGUGGAUUGACUCAAUCAUCAAAGCCAGUUAUGAGUUCAUGAGAAGGAACCUUAUAUUUUAUAGAACUGAAAUCCACAAGCUUACGGGCAAGGACCCAUUGGAACAGUAUGGCAUAUCUGAUGAAACUCGCUUUCAAGUGAGUAAUAGCCUCCCACUUAAGGCUAGAGAAACAUCCUCUCUGUAGACGGUGUAAUGUCCUUUUGUGGAUUUGUCAUUGUAGCGUCACUCACUGCUGAAAAAAUGCAUUUCUUUGUCAGUCUUCUGAAUGUAAAACUUAAUUGUAGUCCAAAUGUAGUCCAUACAAGUUGGUUAAUAUUUGCCAGUAAACAAAUAGAUGUAUUUUCAAUUUAUUUGUCACCUUUCUUAUAAAUCUGCACAGUCCUUUUUGUAUACAAAUUCUGUUUUUACUUUUUUUUUUUUUUUUUACAUUUUCCCUAAAUGUGAGGAUGUGGUGUGUGCAGAAAUGCUUCAAGCUACUUGAGCUUCAGUUGCUAUUUUAAAUCACUUCAUAUUUGAUAUGAGCCACAAACUGUAAAUGUAUUGUUACUUUCUAUAGAUGGUUUUACUUGUAUUUAUCAUAAAAGACAAAGUCUUUUUGAUUAAUAUAAUUUGCACAAGUUACAAGUUAUAUUUCAGUCUGUUCCUGAUAGUUAAGUUGCUUUUUUAAGCAAAAACAUGCAACCUUUUUUUUUUUCUUCUUCUUUUUUUAAAUAGUUUGAUUCACUGGAACCUUGCUAUUUUUUGUUUUUUUACAAAUAAAAUAUUUGGACUAA